CUCGAGGGCCAGAUUAAAACAUCUGAAGGGCCAGAUGCGACCCCUGGGCGGUAGUUUGCCCACCCCUGUCAUAUCUGCUCUGGAAAUGUCAGGCCAGAAUACUAAGGUGUAUGUUAAACUGGCUUAAAUCCCCUAGUUAAGGUAUGGGGAGAUAAGAGUCCCCUUAGCAUAUGUCAUUUGCUUGAGUCAGGCAGAUGCCCUCAUUCUAGUUAGCAGAAACCCCUUCCAGAGCAUUAGAAGAGCAGUGAGAGAAUAGAGCUCUGUAAAUAUGUCAGGACAAUUAUUUCUUUGUUCUGUGGAGGGCUUAAGUGGUAGGUGAGAGACACUGAGAGGGGAUGCUAGCCCUCACCUUGCAAUGGUCAAUGAAUACAAUGAUGUUGGAAGGUGUUGGUUCAUAGCCCUAAAGGCUGAAGUUUUCUGCUUCUCCAGAACAAAUACAAGAUGGCCAAUGGGAGCUAUGGGGGCGGCGCUUGGGGCAGGGGUGGUGUGCGGAGUCCCCUGGCUGCCCCUAAACGUAGGAGCCGGAGGGGGGAUGUGCCUCUGUUUCCGGGAGUCAUAGCACACGCCUGCGGAGCGUAUCCUACUCUCUGACUGGAGCGUGGGAGCAGGGCAAGCCCCAGACCCUGCUCCCCAGCAGGAGCUUGAGGGCCAGAUUAAAUCAGCUGGCGGGCCGGGUGUGCCCGCAGGCCAUAGUUUACUCACUACCCUUCUACAGUGUCCCCUGAAUUAUGGUCUCUUCCAGAAGGAACAUUCUUCAAGUUUACAGCCUGAGGUUUAUGAAGGAAGUACUGUUGGCCAGUUUCAAAAGCCAGAGAGAGAAUUUCCCCUGCCGAAAGCAGCAGUGACCCACUGAGGCAACUUCCAAGGUCAUAAUGAAGCUGAUGAAUAGAAGAGACCCCUAUGUUCGAGAGGUCAUCCGGUUUGCAGUGUGUUGCAGAGCCCUGACACUUGUGCUCCAGGCCCUGUUUAACUUCUUGAUCCCGGAUCAUGCAGCAGAUGCCUUCUCUCCUCCCCGCCUGUCAGAACCCAGCCUCUGUGACUGGUUGUCAGAAUGGCUGUUGGGGGGCUUGUCGCACUGGGAUGCAGAGCACUUCCUGUUCAUAGCUGAGCAUGGCUACCUGUAUGAGCACAACUUCGCCUUCUUCCCAGUGUACCCCCUCAGUGUGCGAGCCGUGGCAAAGGUCAUCCUGUGCCCUCUGCAAGGGCUACUGUGUUUACGGAGCCGCCUGCUCUUGUCAGCGGUGCUUUUGAAUGCUCUCCUCUCAGUCCUGGCAGCUGCUGUCCUCUAUGAGCUGGGGUGUGUGGUGCUGCGGUGUCGCAGGAUGGCCUUCCUCUCUGCUGUCCUCUUCUGCCUCACCCCCGCCAAUGUGUUCAUGACAGCCGCUUACUCAGAAAGCAUGUUUGCUUUCCUGGUGUUCAGUGCCAUGCUGCAGCUGGAGAAAGGGCAGCGCUGGACCAGCGGACUGCUCUUCUCCCUUGCUGCUGGUGUGCGCUCCAACGGGGUGAUCAACACCGGCUUCCUCAUCUAUUCCCAGAGUAAAGACCUUGCCCUCCAACUCCAGGCAGGUGCUGGGACUGUAAUGAAGCUGCCUCAGGUCUGGAGACGACUCCUCCGCUUUGCAGCUUCAGUGGUUCUGAUGUCUGCUGGGGUCUUUUUCCCUUUUGCUUUGUUUCAGUCCUAUGCCUACUUGAGGUUCUGCAAUCCUGACGCCAGCUCUGAACAUGCUGUUCCCAGGCCGCUAUUGCAACUGGCUGUGGAUAAAGGGUAUCGUCUAGCGGCCAUGAGUGGGAUGAAACCUGCGUGGUGCUCCCAGGGGCUCCCUGUGGUCUAUUCUUACAUUCAAGAUGUUUACUGGAAUGUGGGCUUUCUAAGGUACUUUGAGCUUAAACAGGUACCCAACUUCCUGCUUGCUGCGCCGGUUACUGUGCUGGGCUCUUGGGCCACCUGGUUCUACCUCACUGCAAAUCCCCAGUACUGCUUAAUGCUUGGCCUAGUGAGAAGAAAGAAGGAAGGAAGGAAAGGAGAGGACUCUGAUAAGCCAGUGGAUGGAUUUCGCUGCACCAGUGUCUUCGUUUACGUGGUCCAUGCCAUGGCUCUUCUGGCCUUCGGAAUCCUCUGCAUGCACGUGCAGGUUGUAACCAGGUUCCUAGGCUCGUCUACACCAGUCUUGUACUGGUUCUCUGCUCAUCUGCUCCAGGACUAUGAACCUUUGCUGUGGAAAGAAGGAGCUGCUAUCCAGACUGCAGCAUCCCUCUCCAAGAAGCCCAGUGUAGGCAGCUCUUUUCCUGGAUCGUUCAGAAAAGGGAUUUCUGAAAACCCCAUCAUGAGAUUACUGCUGAACUGGAGAAUAAGUUCCCCUCUCACCAAAUGCAUUCUGGGAUACUUCCUGUCCUACUGGCUGCUGGGGCUGAUCCUACACUGCAACUUCCUGCCUUGGACAUAGUUAGAGUUUGAGAACAUGUAUUUGUGAUGGACCUGCUAAUGGGAACAGAAUCGCUGCUCAGAAUAUAAACUCUUUUUUAAACUUGACAUAAGUGAAUUGAUGCUACUAUCUUUCUUUUUAUUUCCAAAGGUAUACAGAGCCCCCAAUAUGUGCACAUGACUCUGUGCUCUUAUUGCUGUAAACCUCAUCCUUCCUCAUUCCAUUCUCCCCCCUACCAUUUGUCACCAUUACUGGUCGUAUGAUGGCUAACAUCUAAUCUGUAAACUCUUUGGGGUGGCGGUUGUCUUUUUAUUCUUAUGUCUUCGGUGAAGCACUUUACCAUAAUUAAUAAUUGUCCCGUGAAAUGAGUUAUAGGCCUGUUUAAGGUUAUAGGUUAGGUUAUAGUUGACAUGUCUAUCUGCAGAAUCCAAAUUGGGGUUCUGAGGUGGUGGAGAAACUCAAGGAAGCAUCCUCUAGCUCGCAGUGAGAAGCUUUCCUAGUGUGCUCCUCUUCCUGUAGGAGCGCCUGGGCAU